GGUAGUGCUGUAAUUUGUCUUCUUGGUGAGCCAGGAAGCAAAAAGCCUAGGGGAGGUGGUUUAGAGGUUGCACAAUUUCGGGAUGACUUUCAAAACGUUCUCGACAACUCCUUAGAAGAUGACAUUCCCUCGAAUAUUCUCGAAAUUGUUAAUGUAUAUAACGAUAAAUAUGAAUACCAUAUUGAAGACUAUGCCAAGAUAACUGGGCUAAAAAAUCGUCAAAUAAGCAGAGUUGCAAAAUAUAUUUGUGAAACCAUAUGUUAUAUGGAUUUAACGGAAGAUGACCCUCUUCUGUCCGGAAUAAUUGAUUUCCGUCAUAUUCCGGAACAAUUGAAGGCGCAUCUUAUUGAACGAGAUGAUAAUGCUCGAAUACCAGAAACAGCCUAUGAUAAUUCAAAAGAAAAGGACAUGUUUCGUGCAAUACGAACUCUAUUACAUAGAUUAAGUACUACUCGUAGACGUGAAGAUAAUGAUCCGAUUCAUGAAAGUACGUGGAAUCACCAGAUCAUUAAUCCAAUUGUUGAAUUUCUAACACAUGAUAUUGAACUAUUAAAUUAUCAAUGGGACACCGGCAAAGUAAUAUCCUCAUAUAGGAAUCUAUUUAAAAAAGAUUAUCAACACAUAGUGGAUGACCGAAUUCGGUUAAUGAAACUGGCAAAAACGUCUAUGACCAUAUAUUUAAAUUAUAAAAACGAAUUUGACGAUUCAUCGUUUCAAUCGGAAAUUAGCCAGUUUAUUUUACAAGCUCAUGACUCUACUCCCACUCCCUCUCUAUGUCGCGUUCUUACCCGUCAUAGCAAAGAAGCUCUAGUAGAAGUUGAAAGUGACAGCUCCAAGAAUCAAAUUAUUGAAAGAGCUGUCCAAAAAGAUGGGUUGGUCUCUAUCAAUUCACAGGAACGAUGA